CCCACCUCUGCCCGAGGAUUCUUGCCAGGAAGGGUAUUUCAAGUAUCAACCAGACCUUAUGACCCUUUAAGAAAUUCUUGAGGGAAUAAAAGUGCAUUCAGAAUUUAAAACAAGCAUGGACAAGAAUACCGCUAGGACAAUAAGUCUUUUAGGAGAAAGGGCACGUAAAUGUGCCUGAAAAUUUUAUUUCUAUGGUAUACACCGUAGCUUGGCUGAAUGAGAGAGUAGAGGUUUAAAGGGCCAAGAGCGGCGCCAGGCUGGCCGGUUCUUGGAGAAGCCGGACUUCAAAGAAGUCGGAUGCCUGCACAGUUAGCUGAAUCCGAACAAAGAGGAAGCCGGCACUUUUACCUGGGAAGUGGAUAACUUCGAGGAAAAGUGGCCUCCGAGGAGGAAAAAAGGCAACAUUCCGCCCGGAGUGGAAGCCCUCACAACCCUCGACUGUGCCUGCUGACCGCACCCUUGACCGGCCUCACCCUCGCUCCCCCGCCCGGCUUCCUCUACCCAGUCUAGGCGGCAGGCCGCGCUCCGCCGGGUUCCACCGCCCACUCCACGCCCGCAGCUCUUGCACGCGCCGGCUCCAGCCGGUAAUCGGCCACGUGCGCCGGGUUCCCCGCUCGGCCCCUCAGCGGGCCGAGCGCCUCCAAGGCUGCGGUGGCCACGGUGGGGGCUCGAUCCCCGUCCCCACGCGCCCAGCCGAGAAGUCCGGACAGCGGCGGUGGCGGGAGCGAGCGGCCCGGCCCCUCCCUAGAGGGAGCAGCGCGACAGUGGGCUGCGGGCGCCGCCUCUGCUGCAUCGGUGGCUGCGCGUUCCGCUCGGCCCAGCCCAGCUCGGAUUUGGAGCCCGCGCGCGCCGCGCUGCCUUCCCCUCCUCCUCUGACACCGCCCCGCGGGCAGCUCCCCCGGGCCACACGCACGUUCGAUCCUCUUUUCCCUGGUUUACGGAUUUCCGAGGGCGAAGAAUUUCGCCUCGGUCCCUGCGAGUGUCUCUCGGCCUGUCUCCCUCUCCCCUCGCGACUCCCCCUUCUCGUGGGCGCGCGCGCGCACGCUCGCUCACACACACACACUCACACUCGCCGGCGCGCGUGCGCACGGCCGCGCGCCCUGAGCCGCGGAGUCUCCAGCGCGUCUCAGCAGAUCCCACUCUCUCCGGCGCCGCUACUCACACAGGCUUCCAGCCGCCACUGGGCGUCCUCUGUCUGCGGUAGCGCGGCCGAGGCGGCGGUGGGAAAGGUAGCUGCAGCCCGGCGCGGUCUCAGAGCUCCGUGCCCUGGACCGAGUCCGGGGAGAAGCGGAGAAGGAGGACGCCGAGGCGAGGAGGAGCCGCGCCGCGCCCGAGUCCGCGCGGCUGGCUGCCUUCGCUACCGGUACCGCAGCCCCAGGUCUGCCAUUGGCUGUGUAAGGCUGUAUAAGAAUCAACCAUGCAAAUCCGCUGUUUUUAAGGGUUAGCUGAGUAGGGGCAGGAGCAAGGGACAUCAGACUGGACUUGGUGAUGUUGUCCUUUGCAGCCAGCAUGAUGCCAUCUUUAUAACCCGUGGAGGAGAGAGCGCUCACCAUGUUCAGUUUCCAGAGGAAGAUACGGAGUACAUUCUCCGCUGGAAAGGUAGAGCUCUGCUGUAACGUUCUCCGUGUUUAAAGAAGUUACAUAUACUGCUACAGGAUUCCCCGAAAGAGGCUGGACUGAGAGAAAGCCACGUGGGAAGAAAUCUGCCCAUGGGACCAGACUGAGCGACAGCCUGGAUGUCCAAGGGAACAGAGGCUCCAGCUGUGCAACCAGCCCCAGAGAGGCAGUGUGUCUCUGAGUCACCUGAGCUCCGUGCUGCUGCCUGCCUGCUGUCCACCCACCUCUCUUCACCUCUGACGAUCUUCCUAGUGUCUGCAGGCUCUCCUGGGACGACUAUCUCAAAGGGAAGUGCCUCUCAGAAGCAUCUGGCAUGUCAGAGCUACAGUGUCUUCCAUGGGACUUCCUUUGUGAACAGCUUCCAUUUAAAAGAGUUGUGUGAAUACCUUGUUUCAGUCAAGUUCCCAAAGAACACAUUUGUCUUCUGAUCUGCUGGAGGGCUUAAGGAAGCUACUAGAGAAUGAGCUCCACAAAAAUGAGGAUGUAAACCAAGAAAGAGGAAACCAUGGGAUCCAGGAAGCGGGGGACCCAACACAGGCGAGAGGCACAGGGAUUUCGCAAGAUGGUGUUAAAAAGAAGCCCCAGGACAACAGAAUCCGAUGAUCUCCGUGGGGACCCUGCACUCAGCCAUCAAAGCACUCCCGCCCCUCAGGAUGCUCGUAAUUCAAUAGUAGAUGCAGGCGGCGUUGAAAGCAUCACACAGUGUCCCCAGCAGCUUCCUCAGAUGAUGGCUGCAGCAGCCGAUGGUUUGGGGAGUCUCGCAAUCGACACGACCCAGCUGAACAUGUCAGUGACGGACCCCACCGCCUGGGCCACCGCUAUGAAUAACUUGGGCAUGGUUCCCGUGGGGUUGCCUGGACAGCAGCUCGUGUCAGACCCAAUCUGUGUCCCAGGCUUUGAUCCAGGCCUCAACAUGAUGACUGGGAUCACCCCUAUUAACCCAAUGAUACCAGGCCUGGGGCUGGUCCCACCCCCGCCAACAGAAGUGGCUGUCGUCAAAGAAAUAAUCCACUGCAAAAGCUGUACUCUUUUUCCCCAAAACCCAAAUCUUCCACCUCCCUCCACAAGAGAACGACCUCCUGGGUGUAAGACCGUGUUUGUCGGGGGAUUACCAGAAAACGCCACUGAGGAAAUCAUCCAAGAAGUCUUCGAGCAGUGCGGUGACAUCACAGCGAUUCGGAAAAGCAAGAAGAAUUUUUGUCACAUUCGCUUUGCCGAGGAGUUCAUGGUUGAUAAAGCCAUUUACCUUUCCGGUUACCGGAUGCGCUUAGGGUCUAGCACGGACAAAAAGGACUCUGGCCGGCUACACGUGGACUUCGCCCAGGCCCGGGACGACUUCUACGAGUGGGAGUGCAAGCAGAGGAUGCGCGCCCGCGAGGAGCGGCACCGGCGCAAGCUGGAGGAGGACCGGCUGCGGCCGCCCUCGCCGCCGCCCAUCAUGCACUACUCAGAGCACGAGGCCGCGCUCUUGGCCGAGAAGCUGAAAGACGAUAGCAAGUUUUCAGAGGCCAUCACAGUGCUGCUGUCCUGGAUUGAGCGAGGGGAAGUAAACCGGCGGUCCGCAAACCAGUUCUAUUCCAUGGUGCAGUCGGCCAACAGCCAUGUCCGCCGGCUGAUGAACGAGAAAGCCACCCAUGAGCAGGAGAUGGAGGAGGCCAAGGAGAAUUUCAAAAAUGCCUUAACCGGGAUCCUCACUCAAUUUGAGCAGAUUGUGGCCGUUUUCAACGCUUCUACCAGACAAAAAGCUUGGGACCAUUUCUCGAAAGCUCAGCGCAAGAACAUAGACAUUUGGCGAAAGCAUUCUGAGGAGCUCCGGAACGCUCAGAGUGAGCAGCUUAUGGGCAUCCGCCGCGAAGAAGAGAUGGAGAUGUCGGAUGAUGAGAACUGUGACAGCCCUACUAAAAAAAUGAGAGUUGAUGAAUCAGCCCUGGCUGCCCAGGCCUACGCGCUUAAAGAAGAGAACGACAGCCUCCGGUGGCAGCUGGACGCCUACAGGAACGAAGUGGAGCUGCUGAAGCAGGAGAAAGAGCAGCUGUUUCGAACGGAAGAAAACCUGACCAAGGACCAGCAGGUGCAGUUCCUGCAGCAGACCAUGCAAGGCAUGCAACAGCAAUUGCUGACCAUCCAGGAGGAGUUAAACAACAAAAAGUCAGAAUUGGAACAAGCAAAGGAAGAGCAGUCACACACACAGGCAUUACUCAAAGUCCUCCAGGAACAAUUGAAGGGUACCAAGGAGUUGGUCGAGACCAAUGGCCACAGCCAUGAGGACACAAAUGAAAUUAAUGUGUUGACAGUCGCAUUGGUCAACCAAGACCGAGAGAACAAUAUUGAGAAAAGAAGCCAAGGCUUAAAAUCAGAGAAAGAAGCUCUGCUGAUCGGCAUCAUAUCAACGUUUCUUCACGUCCACCCUUUUGGAGCCAAUAUAGAAUAUCUCUGGUCAUACAUGCAGCAGCUGGACUCCAAGAUAUCUGCAAACGAAAUCGAAAUGCUUUUGAUGAGGUUGCCACGCAUGUUUAAACAGGAAUUCACAGGCGUGGGAGCAACGCUGGAAAAAAGGUGGAAGUUGUGUGCCUUUGAAGGAAUUAAAACUACCUAACUGUGAAGAGCAGCAGAGUCUCUGGGUAUGAAACUGCCUGAACCCAGCCAGGGCUGCGCAGUGUGAGCCCAGGAGGUUCGGGGCUGGUCCAGCGCAGGACCUUUAUGGGGCCAUCAGAGCCGGACUUCAGUUACAUCUGUGGCGUUCUCUCGUGAGUGGAAAUGUAAUUGUGUACCAGUUCCCUAAAACAAACAAAGCUUCAUACUGUGACAGAUCUGUUUGCUAUGAAAACCAACGAUUCCACGGUCAUGAUGGCAAAACCUUAAAAUAUGCUACGUUUGAGAAUAGCUCACCAAGUAAAAUAUUUAAAGUUAAUGAUGGUGUGGCAAUGGUUGUUGCUAGGCUACAGAGUUGUUGUAUAUGUAAUCUAUAGCUGAAAUCAUUCAAUGACAUUUUCCUGAAAGUCUUUCUGUUUUAGUAAAAAAAAAAAAAAAAAAAAGAGAGAGAGAAAAAAAGUAAUUUUACAGUGAGGAAAAUAAAUCAUACCAAAAGAAAACUUGAAUAUGUGUCUGAACAGUUACUGUAUUUUGUAAAUUAAGUUAUAUGCUGUUAUAGGGACUUCUGCCUUAUUGAAGAGGCAGAAGAUGUGAUUGUACUCCUUGAGAAUGCUUUACCAAGAAUAUUAUUUUUCUAAUGUAACAGUUCUCCAUCAUAAGUUCUUUUAACAUGGACGGCAUAACAAUUUUCAUAAAAUGUAAAUAAAAGAAAAACUAGUGCUACUGUCUUGUACUUGGUAUAAAAUUCAGGUUUCUGCAUCAAAAUAAACAUUUAGUAAAUAUUCCUGUUACAAAUUUUAUAGCAAAGAUAUUAAUUUUUUUCAAUAAAUAUGACUUCUACCAUA